AACGGAACAAAGCUGUGUUCAAGAUCGGCCAAGGCUGCUGUUGCAAAACCAUGUGUUUUUGCAGCAAUACUUUCUCAUCGAAAGUAUUGUGAACGUAGCUCUCCUGAAUACGCGCAGACGGCGUUUCCUGUACGUGUUGAGACAACCUUGGAUUUAUUCGCGAGUGUUGCUGAGAAGCAUGUUACGUCUUCAUUAAGGGAAUGAUCUACUAAACUGCUUGUGUACCUGGCUUCUGCUUUUGCAAGCUACAACGCGGACAGAAUGUCCCUGCCGAAGAUCUCGCGUGUCCCCGCGUCCAGGCUGCUGAGCGCCGUCCAUGACCCGCGCUGGCCUCUAAGCUCCGCCGCGCCUCUCGCCGUGCCCAAAAGAGCUUUGACCCAGAGCGGGUACCGGCGGCCCGGCCAACCCAGAGAGGACAAGCCCCCGUGGCAGAGGAUUAAGUUCGACUUCUCUAAGGGUUUGGAGGGCAUAACGAAGCACUUCAAGCUGCUGAGGCAGGAGUUCUCCGACCGCCUGGUCGGCCCGGAGGGUAAACCCAUCAUCGAGCACAUGCUGGAGCAGAACAGGGUGAUAUGGGAGUUCAGAGGCCCCGACAGCCUCCAGGAGUGGACGCUUUCCUCCGACAGGGAAAUUGGAGGCCAGAGCGAAAUCCACCUGAAGCUGGGAAGGAACAAUGAGACCUGCUUUCUGUACGGGACCCUCCAGUCCGCCCCUCCUAGAGACGGGGAGACGCGCUACAGCGGAUACUGCUCCAUGCGCUCCAAGCAACCUCUGGUUUCGUUUGACAGGAAGAAGCACCACGACUGGUCCAGCUUCAACACCCUCCACCUGCGGAUCCGGGGGGACGGCCGCCCAUGGAUGGUCAACAUCGCAGCGGAGUCCUACUUCACUCAUCAGAAAGACGACUUAUACAGUUACUUCCUGUACACCAGAGGAGGACCCUACUGGCAAGACGUGAAGAUCCCGUUCUCCAAGUUCUUCCUUACUCACCGAGGGAGGAUACAAGACAACCAGCACCCUCUGUGGCUGGACAAGGUUAACACCAUUGGGUUUACCCUCGGAGACAAAGCGGACGGUCCCUUCCAGCUUGAAAUCGAUUUCAUCGGCGUGUGUAAAGAUUACGCACACACCGAGGACUUUGCAUACGAGGUGUACAAGAGGAAUCCCGAGGUUUAAUUUAGAGCCACACAUGCGGACAUUGGAAGCUUCUGAUUGUCAUCGGCGUACCUUGGUAGCUCAUUUGUUUUUCUGUGAAUCUUUGUAAAAUAAAUAUAUAAACCUGAGGGUUUUAAGAGUUGAACCCACCGUCGAGCAAAUCUAAACAUUUUCACAUCCA